CUCUGCAGACUGGCCCAGGUGGUGCUGAGCAAUGGCGGGGCUGCUAUAAAAGCUCUGCCUCUGCCAGGCUCCCCCAAGCACUGCUCUGGCCACCUUAGCCUCUGGGAACAGGAGCACCGUCCGAUCCUGCGCAAAGAUGUCUUGCUACGACCUGUGCCCACCGAAAACCGGCGUCGCCGUCCCCCAGCCCAUCGCUGAGAGCUGCAACGAGCUGUGCGCCCGGCAGUGCCCCGACUCGACGGCCUUCAUCCAGCCGCCCCCCGUCGUCGUCACCUUCCCCGGCCCCAUCCUCAGCUCCUUCCCCCAGCAAGCCGUGGUGGGCUCCUCCGGAGCACCCGCCUUUGGGGGCAACCUGGGGCUGGGAGGCCUCUACGGCGCCGGCGCCACCCUGGGCUCGGGGGGCCUCUGCACCUUUGGCAGACCCUACGCUUCUCCCGCCUGCAGCCCUUGUGCCUUGCCCUGCUACAGCAAGAAGCUGUGGGACACCUGUGGGCCCUGCUAAACCUAGCCCCAGAGCCUUCAUAUCUGUCAGAAUUGGAGAAACUUAGAAGAAUCUGGUCAUCCUAAAUGUUGCAGCCUUUAAUAUUUUCUCAAAUUCUUUUUGUUUUGCUGUUCUUAAUCUUCUAUUUUCUCUCCAGUUUCACAGGUCUCUUCCCUUAUGUGCUGUUUUGUAUGCUUUUUGUUGUCAGGAUUCUUUCACUCUAGUAUUAUUUUUAUUGUUUAUUUUGUGAUCCUCACGUAAAAUAUCUUAUUCAUUUAGCUGUUGUGUAAGGUUUAUCUUGACUAGUCUGAGCAGAAAUUUUUAGCUUCAUUUUUCAUUUCUUUUUCUUCCUCUUAUCUUUUUUUUUUUAUCAUGAUUUGUUCAACUUGUUUUUCCCAAUAAAGCUUUUAUGCAUCAAACCUGUAGUGGUUUUUAAACCUUUUUUUAUUCUAAACAUUGUUGAGGGUUCACCUGACUUUAUACCUAUUCAUAAUACUGAUGGUGUUGUGCUACACUGCCAUAGUCCAUUUUCUCUGUUUACUUCCAAUGAUGUGGUACAUUUCCUCUUAUU